AAUACCCUGCGUUUCUUUCAGAGAGAUUGGUUGAGAGUCUCCGUCUGCCCCAGGUGCCAACUCUUCACUCGCAAGUGUUCCUGUUUUUCAGAGUGUUACUUUUAAGAAUGUCUCCACAACAUCUUACCUCACUCUGGCCUACCAUGAUUACAGAACUUGUACAGGUAUUUUUACUGAUGGAGCAGGAGCUCACUGCUGAUGAAGAUAUUUCACGGACUUCAGGCCCCUCUGUGGCUGGUCUGGAGACAACCUACACAGGAGGUAAUGGCUUUUCUACUUCAUAUAACAGCCAGCGGUGGUUAAACCUCUAUCUGUCUGCUUGCAAAUUUUUGGAUUUGGCUCUGGCAUUGCCCUCCGAAAAUCUUCCUCAGUUUCAGAUGUAAGUAAAAGCAAGGAUAUUAAAUGGAUAUUUUUGAAAAUGCAUUUGCUUUUGGUAACUGACAUCUAGGACUAAUUUAAAAGUUUUUUGUGUAGGUUGAAAUAUUCAUAGUUUUUACUAAAAUGGGGGGGUGUGCAGCAGUUCCUGGAGGUAAGUGGUUGCUGUGGAUAAAUUAACAGCAUUUAGCUAACAGACGGAGCACCUACCACGUAUGAGGCAGUGGGCUGCGUGACUCAGCCACUUCCAGCCCAGCACAGGGGACUGCAGUGGAACUGGGUGUUCUGACAGCUGACAGGCAGGAGGCUGUUGAGGUCACACAGCAGAGACCCGCUCCUAGCUUUAGGCCCCAAGUGCAGAUUUAUACUGACAUGCUGAAGAGCGGGGCAGGGGGCAGGGGGGAC